AUUAUAUUUUUAAUCGGCACACGCAUACUACAUUUUCCUCUCAUCAACCAUGAACCAUGCGUUUCUGGGCACCAAGGACGAGCAGUCCAAGCUGCUCGACGAUGCAAUGCAGGCGGUCAAGGUGCAGGCGUUCCAAAUGAAGCGCUGCGUGGACAAUGACCGGCUGCUGGAUGGGCUCAAGCACUGCUCGACAAUGCUGAAUGAGCUGCGGACGUCGUCGCUGACACCCAAGAACUACUACGAGCUGUAUCUGGCAACGUUUGAUGCGCUGCAGUAUCUGACAGGGGCGCUGCGCGAGGCGCACCAGUCAGGCAAGAACCACCUGGCGGACCUGUAUGAGCUGGUGCAGUACGCAGGCAACAUCGUGCCGCGGCUGUACCUGAUGAUCACUAUUGGGUCAGCGUACAUGAGCCUAGGGCAGGCAGACGGAGAGGAGAGCGUGCCGAUGACUAAGGACUAUCUGCCGCUGAAUGCACAUGACGAAGCAGACGAGGGAGCAGGCAGCUUGGAGGACUCGACGCAUUUUAUCCUGACGAACUUUGUGGAAAUGAACAAGUUGUGGGUGCGGCUGCAGCACCAGGGGCUGAGCCGCGAUCGCGAGAAGCGCGAGGCGGAGAGGCGUGAUUUGCGCACGCUGGUGGGGUCGAACCUGCUGCGGCUGGCGGGGCUUGAGGGCAUUGAGCGGCGGCAGUACGAGCAGGAUAUUUUGCCGCGGCUGCUGAACCAGGUGGUGUCGUGCAGAGACACGCUGGCGCAGGAGUACUUGAUGGAGGCGCUGGUCCAGGCGUUCAGCGACGAGUGGCACCUGGCGACUAUUGGGCAGCUCAUGGAGGCGAUUAGUGCGCUGGGACCGAAGGUCAGCAUCAAGACUAUAGUUAUUCCGCUGGUGGACCGGAUUUCGGUGUAUGCGGCACGCAGCCGGGAGGAGCGCGAUAAGAUUGAGGCAGAAAAGGCGAAGGAAGAGGAAGCCGCUGCCAAGGCCGAUGGGGAGACAAAGACUGAAGGCCAGGAGGAGGAAGUAGAGCCUGUCAAGGACGAGCAGGAUGAGGAGGCCAAGUCAGAAGAGUCGGGCAAAUCGGACAAGUCGGACGAAGAGCAAGAGGACGCGCCAAAGAGCGACACCAACUCCGAGGCGCUCACAGACAAGGUCAACGAGCUCUCGGUGGAGGUGGCUGAGGAGGCAGCGGCUGAGGAGGCAGAAGAGGAAGAGCCAAGUAGCCCGACGGGCUCACAGGUCCUGGCAGACUCAGCGUCAUUUGAGACUCUAUUCGACUCGUUCUGGGACCACGUCAGCGGACUGAUCGAGGCGCGGCCGGACCUAGCGCUACAUGAUGGCGUGGCAAUCUGCGCGUCGAUGCUGCGCCUGUCGCUGGCAUGCAAGCCGCUGUCGACGCAGCCGGUGGACAGCGUGCUGGCGUUUGUGCGUGAGCAGCUCAAGACCAGCGAUGUGUCACCGGGCGCACUCACACCGGCCACAGCCAACCAGCUCCUGGCGCUGCUGCUGAGCCCGCUGCGUGCCUAUGCCAGCCCACUGCGGCGCGGCACAGUGAUGACUACGGCGGACGAGGUGGACGGGAUCACGCGGCUGUGCAGCCAGCUCAUUGCGCGGGCGGGGGCUGGCUCAGGCAGUGGCGAUCCAUCAUAUGCCGAAUCGCCUGUGGACGAGGAGGACGUGGCGGAGGAGCAGGGCCUGCUGGCGCGGCUGGUGCACCUGGUCCGCGGGCCUGACGCGCUGUCGCAGCUGGCGCUGCUGACGAUUGCGCGCGAUGCACUGUCGCAGGGCGGGGAUCUGAUCCAGUACACGUAUCCGGCAGUGAUCGCAGGGGCGACGCGGCUGCUGGGGCCGUUUGCGGCGAUGAAGAGCUCGGCAGGGGCGGACGGGCACGACGAAUGGCUGCGGCGGGUGCGGCAGCUGUGCCGGUUCAUCCAGGCCACGGGCAGUGCGCUGGUGGAGCGGGCGGCCACAGCGCAGGCCAGCGAGUCGGCCCUACGGCUGUUUGUGAUGGCAGCGCAGGCGGCGGCCACGGCCAGUGCGUUCCGCGGCGAGGCGGCGCUGGAGGAGGCAGCCUACGAGUUCUUUGUGCAGGCAUUCACCAUCUACGAGCAGCACGUGACUGAGAGCCGCGCGCAGAGCCAGGCGCUGGUGCUGAUUGUGGGAGCGCUGCAUGCGACGCGCAACCUGACGGCCGAGAACUACGACACUCUGGCAGCCAAGUGUGCCCAGCACGGAGCGCGGCUGCUGCGGCGCCCGGACCAGGCGCAUGUCGCGUGCGCGUGUGCGCAUCUAUGGUGGAAGGCGCUGCCUGACUCGGAGCUGAUUGCUCCGCCGGCGCCGCCGGGCGUCGACGAUGCUGCGUUUGAGCGCGAGCACGAGCAUCACGUGGCCGCCGAGCGCGCGGCAGUGGAGCAGCACAACAACGGUGAUAAGGCGCUGGCGCAGCUGCAGCGCGCGCUGAAGGUGGCCGGUGCCUGUCUGGACCCGGUGGUGUCGGUGCUGCUGUUUGUCGAGCUGCUGAACCAGUGCGUGAUGCUGUACGAGCGCCGGUGCCCGGCCGUGACGCCGCGCUAUGUCAACGAUCUAGUUGAUCUGAUCCGCGCGUCGAUUGCCAACAUCGAGGCCUUCGAUGCUGCCGCCCCCGAGCCCACGCGCGCUGUGGCCGGCAGCGAGCAGGCGGCUGCCGAUGCUGACGCGCUGUAUGUGCCCGACGGGCCAAUGAGUGCCUUUGUGCUGGACUACUUCCGCCGCACCCUAGCAUACAUCCAGGGCCGCAAGCUGCUGGCUGCGUCGGCUGCAUACCUGCCAGACUUUUCGGCAAUCCACUGCGAGUUCGAGCCAGAGGAGCCCGAGCAGACUGACAGCCUGGCGUUCUACUGA